AGGUCAAUUUCCUUAAAUAGUGCCAAAAGAAAGAAGAUGGAACCAGAAAAUACUGCCAAGGAAACAGUGCUCAUUACUGGAGGAGGUGGUUAUUUUGGCUUCCGGUUGUGCCAUGCACCAAAAGGGAGUUGAUGUGAUUCUCUUUGAUGUCGUGAAGCCACUUCAAGCCGUGCCAGAGGGAAUGAGGUUCAUGGAAGGGGAUGUCUGUUGCCUGUCUGACGUGGAAGAGGCUCUUAGAGAUGUAAUCUGUGUAUUCCAUAUUGCUUCCUAUGGAAUGUCUGGCAGGGAGCAGCUGAACCGAAAACUCAUAGAAGAUGUUAAUGUGAAAGGAACAGAAAAUGUCAUCCAAGCCUGCAAGAGCACAGGGGUGUCGAGUCUGGUUUAUACAAGUACAUAUAAUGUGGUAUUUGGAGGCCAGAUCAUAGAAAAUGGGGAUGAAUCUCUGCCUUAUCUACCUCUUCACCUGCAUCCAGAUCACUAUUCCCGCACCAAAUCUUUAGCUGAAAUGAAGGUGCUGGAGGCAAACGGUGCCGAGCUUGGAAACGGGAAGGGUGUAUUAAGGACUUGUGCUCUCAGGCCAGCAGGCAUCUAUGGGCCUGGAGAACAAAGACACCUUCCAAGAAUAGUUAGCUACAUUGAAAGGGGACUGUUUAAAUUUGUAUAUGGAGAUCCUCGUAGUUUGGUAGAGUUUGUACAUGUAGACAACCUGGUUCAGGCUCACAUCCUUGCCUCUGAGGCCCUCAAAGCCACCAAAAAGCACAUAGCUGCAGGCCAAGCCUAUUUUAUUUCUGAUGGCAGGCCUGUCAAUAACUUUGAAUUUUUCCGACCGUUAGUGGAAGGUUUGGGUUACAAGUUCCCAACUUGCCGCCUUCCUCUCUCCCUUGUCUAUUUUUUUGCAUUCCUUACUGAAGCAGUUCAUUUUCUUGUGGGACGUGUGUAUAAUUUUCAGCCUCUCCUCACUCGCACAGAGGUUUACAAAACUGGUGUCACACACUAUUUCAGUCUGGAGAAGGCCAGGAGGGAGCUGGGGUAUGAGCCUAGGCAGUACAGCCUGAAUGAAGUGGUGGAGUGGUUUCAAUCACAGGGAUGUGGACCAAAGCCAGGCAGGUACACCAUGGGGCAACUUGCUAGGGAUGGAGGAUUGCUCUUGCUGCUCAUUGCUGUGAUGGUCUCAUGGUUUCAAUCUGCAGUUACAUUUUCACUCUGAAAGCUGGAGUGCUGAGUAUGGAGGAUAGAACUUAGCUACGUUCUCAUAGUACUGUUGCUUUUGA